GCUCCUAGGGAUGAACCCCUAUUUGACAUGAUCAUUACUUCUACCUUGGGGGCACUUUGGCCAAUUGGACAGUCAAGCUUGUCUCUGCUUCAUUCAUCCAUGAGUAGGAUAAAUCAGCUUUCUAGUAGCUCAGCUUGUGGCUACAUGAAAGGAGGGAGUAACAAGCUCUUUUAUAUUCUUUGAAAUAUUUGCUACCAUGCUAAUUAGUUUUCCCAGUCUUUACAAUUCAGGGGGUUCUUUGGUUGAUUUCUGGAUCUGGUUUUGGGAGUCUCGUCUGGGUUUUCGAGAGUAGUAAAGGGAGAUUUUGUGGAGCUUCCAGAUGAGUCAUCGGAGACUUAGCAUCUUCUGGGUUUUAUUCUCUUAGGUAAUUUCUGAACAGAUGAAUUUUUGGGGAAGAGCCAUGAGGGAGAAGAAGGGAGCUUGAUCCCGUGGGUGGGAUCCCUCCUUUCGGACCUUAAUCUGCUUUUUUUUAAAGAAAUUUCGCCUUGUUUGAUUGUGAUUGCAGUAGAUUUUUGCUGUAUUGAAAUUGUAUUAAAUGAUGAAAUUGGGA